AUGUCAGAAGGCGUAAGUAGCUGGGAUAUCUGUGGAAGAUAUGAACUAACCCAUUUCAGCUGCGUACGAUGUCGUUCCAUGAAGGUCAAGUGCUCCGGGUCAAAUCCCUGUGGGCGUUGCGCCCGGAGCAAGAAACCAUGUCACUAUGCAGUGGAGGAAGCGAGAGUCUCGGUGCCGGAGAGCGUCGCCAUAGUGCGGCUGCAACUGUGCGUUACGCCGAUGUACGCAACUCGACCGAAGACGGAGACUCGUUCGUCUUCUCGCAUCCAUCGGUUCUGGAGGAUCAGGAUGAAUGUUCGGGCUUCCAACCGCAUGUCGAGGCCAACCGUAGGUCGCCUCUUCCCUCCUGACCAUCUCGUACUGACACAUCCAGCAGCCCCAUCGGAGCAUGAUUCCCAACCAGAAAGAGACGGACUGCGGUCGAAGUUCUCUCGAAACCCUCUGGUAGAAUACUCAUUUGCACAGUCUCCGGACGGACGAUUCUGGUACAUGGGUCCCACCUCCUCCUGGUCCUUCUGCCGCCGCGUGCUCGCCCUGCUAGGCAAGCAUGUCCCCGACGCCAACUGUCCCCCGGACCCAUGGAACGUCGACGCCUCAGCCUUUGCCCUAAAAUGGCGACCCCUGCCGAUGGACGAGGUGCCUGAAGUCUGCCAUUUACCCCCGAUCGACUACGGGCUGUAUCUCUUCCACACCGUCAAGUACUACCUGGGGACACUAUUCUACAUCAUCGACAGCCCUUCCUUCCUCCGCCACCUGCACGAAUUUUACACCGACCCCGGCACGAAAGUUGUAUCAAUGCGUCUGUGGUACGCGCAGUAUCUUCUGGUCCUCGCUUUCGGGAAAGCCUUCCUGGCACAGAAUCACCCGCCGAAUGCGCCGCCAUCGGGGUACCAGUACGCCGCGCGCGCGAUGUCCCUUAUGCCGGACCUGUCGGGGAUGUAUCCCAAUCCGCUGCAGUGCAUCCGUACCCUGACGCUCGCAGCGUUGUACUUCCAGUCGAUCGAUAUGCGCGUCGCGGCAUUUCAGCACAUCGGCUUCGCCUUCCGCUUCUGCAUCAUCGAAGGCAUCCACCGCCACGUCCCGGAGGAGCUGGACGGGGCGGAAUUCUCGCACCGCUGCCGGACCAUCUUCUGGAUCGUCUACAUGCUGGACCGGGAAUUCACCGCCCUAAUGGGGGCGCCCAGCUCCAUCCGCGACGAGGACAUCACCGAAACUCCAGCGGUGUACGGCGUGGGACCCGACUCCACCGGCACACUCAUCAAAGACACGCAGGCCAUCCUCCGGGAUCUGGCCGAGCUCUCGCAGGACCUCACCGUGUUCCUGAACGCCGAGUUCCCCGCGGCAUUGAGCCGGGCGUCGCGGACGGCGACGCGGUUAAUCCUGGGGUAUCACCACAGCAUCGUCCUCACCACCCGGCCCUUAGUCAUGUGUGCGCUACACACGCACAUCGAGCGCGCCUCCUCCCGCGCCGCCAUCAACCUCUCCGCCACCGUCGCCUCGCUGCUCCAGUGCUGCGUCGAGUCCGCGCUGACGGUGUUGCAGACCCUCCGCACACUAGCGGACGAGGACCUGAUCGAAUCCUUCCUCCCCUUCCAGAUCGAAGACGCCUUCGCCUCCGCCUUCAUCCUCUACGUCAUCCAGGCCAUCGCCCCGGCCCUGAUCCCGACCGAAACCCGCUGGACCGAGCACAUCGAUUGCGUGCUCGAGAAGAUCGUCUCCAAGGGCAACCUGGCGGCGCCGAUGCGGCGCGCCGAGCUGGAGAAUCUGCGCGUGAUGAUGGGGCCGAUUACGCCGGUUUCUGUUGGUUGUGCGGGAUCGCCUGGGGAGGUAGAGCGGCAGGGGCAGCAGCAGCAGCUACAAGAACCUGGCCAUGCUGUUGCUGAGGCUGUGGGUGGUGGUGGUGGUGGUGGGUUGAACGUCGUCCCGCCGCACGAUCCACCUACAGACUGGGAAUGGGAGUAUCUGGCGAUCCACUCGACAAUUGGGCUGGGGGUGGAGCCCCGGGAACUGAUGGAUUUGGCGGAUCGGUUGGAGGGCGAGAUUGGGGGUGGGGUGUAG